AUGGCCAACACCGAGUUCGGCUACGUCCGCGCCUUCGAACAACCCGAUGCCCUCCCUCUCUCCAACUGGCUAGUAAUCCGCAUCGACGGCCGGGGCUUCAGCAAACUCUGCAAGAAAUACGCCUUUACCAAACCCAACGACCUCCGCGCCUUGCAUCUCAUGAACGCCGCGGCGACCCAAGUCGUCAAAUCCUUCGUCGACAUUGUUCUCGCAUACGGACAGUCGGACGAGUACUCCUUCGUGUUCCACGAGUCGUGCACUCUCUUCGAACGGCGGGCGGCGAAAUUGGCGACCUCGGUGGCGACGAUGUUCACGGCGGAGUAUUGUAUGUUGUGGGGAGAGUUCUUCCCGCCGGAAGUGAAGUUGGAACGGCCGUGGCCGACGUUUGAUGGACGAUGCGUGGCGUAUCCGAAACGGAAGAUUUUGCGGGACUACUUGAGUUGGAGGCAGGCGGAUUGUCAUAUCAACAAUUUGUAUAAUACGGUGUUUUGGGCGUUGGUGGAGCAAGGUGGGUUGAGUGGGACGCAGGCGGAGUUGGAGUUGAAGGGCACGGUGAGUGGAGAUAAGAAUGAGAUUUUGUGGAAGAGGUUUGGGAUUAAUUACAAUGCUGAGGAGGAGAUUUUCCGCAAGGGGAGCGUGGUGUAUCGGGCGUUUGAUGAGGUGGAUGAAAAGGGAGGGGAGGGUGGGAAGAAGGGGGAUCCGAAUAGUCGGAGUCAGGUUGAGAAGGAGAAGAAGAAGAGGGCGAAGGCGAGGGUUGUGGUGGAACAUGUUGAUAUUAUUGGGGAUGGGUUUUGGGAGAAGAGGCCGUAUAUCCUAGCGGCGAAGAGAGGGGAGGACUAUGAUGAGUGA